CACGUUUCCGGUCAGAGGUAACCGGAAGCUGACAUGAAUUCCAAAACAGAACAAACAAGGGCGCUGCGCAUGGCGUCCGUGAAGGACUGACACGAUUGUGACGUCACACAGGUAACCGGGGAGCUCGGACCCCUCGUGUUUGUCCCAUCAGGCUCACGCGGCGCUGUCGCUAUGCGCACGCGGGGACCGAGCUGACAGCCCGUUUCCCCGCAGAGGUCCGAACCUCACCUGCUUCUGGACCCGAACCGUCUCGAACAGCUCUGAGAACAUGUGGACUUUGAACAGAGAAGUCUGCUUCAGAACCGGGUCUGCAGUGUUCUGGUUCAUGGAGGAUCUGUCUGUGGAGCUGGGUUCUCUGAGGUUCUGCUGAACUUUGACGUUCUUCAGCAGCAGAACCACCGUUCUGGACCUGAAGAAAUCCCACAAUCCUUUGCUGUUGUUCUCUGGACGUGAUUGAAAGUCUAAACUUCUGAAGUGAUGGUUUGAUGUGAUUCUUCUGAACAAACGUUUCUCAGAUCUUGAUAGACUUUAAGGUCAAUCGGAUCAUUGAUCACCAGAAACCAACAAAACACCUUCAUCCAUUUUCUUCACAGUUUUCUCCUUUGGGGUCACGGGGUUGCUGGAGCCUAUCCCGGGUCUCCGGUCAGUCACAUGACACCAUGUGUUUUUGUGACUGAACAGGAAACUUUGAACAGAACCAACAGGGAACCUGAACCGGGUCCAGAGGGGGGAUGCAGGGCAGCAGGCCUUUGGUGAGGGUGGUCCGUCUGGGCCUGGUAUCAUAUCAGGAGGGUCUGCGGCUGCAGCAGGUCUACGUGGACCGCCAUCGGUCCGGCCCGGCCCACUCCUUGCUGCUGUGCGAGCACCCUCCGGUCUACACCACAGGCAUUCGGCACCAACCGUACCCGGCCUCCCGGCUGGAUCCGCUUCGCCUGCUCGGGGCCGAGGUUCACCGUGCCAACCGAGGAGGGCUCAUCACCUUCCACGGGCCGGGUCAACUGGUGUGCUACCCGGUCCUGGACCUGAGCGGCUUCAGAAAGAGCGUGCGGUGGUACGUGGCUCAGCUGGAGAAGACCGUCGUCUCUGCGUGCGGCAGCCUCGGCGUCACGGCAACCACGUCCCCACACACCGGAGUCUGGGUCGGAGACAACAAGAUCUGCGCCAUGGGGAUCCACUGCGGCCGCUACGUCACGUCCCACGGUCUGGCUCUGAACUGCAACACGGACCUGUCCUGGUUCUCCCACAUCGUUCCGUGCGGCAUCGAGGGCAAAGGCGUGACGUCGCUCAGCAGGGAGCUGCGGCGAGACGUGAGCGUGCACGAGGCCACGCCCCACCUGCUGGCCGCCUUCGGCGAGCAUUUCCACUGUGAGCUGAGCGAGGACGCCUGAGGCAAAGCCCGGUGGGUUUAUGGACCCACUUCUGCAGAACCCAUCUGAAACUGAGGGCGGGCUUAACAGGUUAAAGGCUGGGCAGGCGCACAGGACCGGGUCAGGUCCGAUUUCAGAACCAGAGCCAAGAAAAAUGUCACUUUUUAAUGCAGGAGGGGGGGGGGGUCCCACUGACACGACCAGGAGGUGGUUCCGUAUCGCCAUGGUAACCAGAGGUUCAGCAAUCCUCCAGAAUGAGAAGAAGUAGCGCCGUGUUCUCCAAGGCCUUUGGGUUCUGUUCAGUGCUUGUCCGCCAAGUGCCUCAGAACCGAACCAGAAACCGGUUUUCUAAUAAACUUUGGAUCCAGUGUGUGACUCUCCCUGGUUUUUAGGAAACUUCCGUUUGUAUUUCAGAAUACAGUCCUGCCCGACCUCUGCUGGCAGAAAAGGAAACUGCAGGUUUUAGGCCCCAUGUAUGUGAAAUAUUCUACUUCCGGUCAGUUUCUUCCUUGAACAGGAAAUUGUUUGUGGUUUGAGUGAAAUAAAAACCUUUUCCUUCCUCUAA